GGGAUGUCUGAUUCCUUUCCAGUCUGAGGUGGUUGGACAGUGUUUAAGAAUGAGUAGGACAAAGGACAAAGUACUAGUCUGGGGUGCUAUAGUGAAGGAAACAAAAUGGUAAUGCUUCCUAACUGGGGUUUGACAUCUAAAAUCAGAGAUGUACACCAGACAAGAUCUGCCUAUCUAAUAGCCAAGGGCCGCUGAGUUUGACUUUUGCUCCAAUAUGGCUGGAUAACGGUUCAGGUAACAAGUGGAGCCCACAGCACAGCUCUCUGAGAAAGAGAAAGGGAAAGCCUGUUAGAACUCCAGAGGAAGCGGAUCUGUCCUCCAUCUUCCAGAAUCAAGUUCUUGGGCACCAGAGAAAACAGUGGCCAAACAACCCUGUUUGCCUCAUCCCAGCAGGCAAGAAGGAACUCAGGUCUAGCGCCGAGUCACCUCCUGGAGCCCGAAGGUGGCGGCUGUAGACAACAACUUUCCUCUCAUCAAAACCCUAACUACUUCCAAGUCUGUUUCCUCCUCUGUCCUAGUUAGAUGGGGGAGGGGAAGUUUAGGAAGCAGUCUGGAGCCCUCCCAGGGGCAGACAGAGGAUGCCAGGAAGGUUGAUGGGCAAGGACUGGGAAGUGCCAGAGAGCACAAAUGGCUAACCAGCCCUCCUGCCUCAGGCGGCAAGAGCCAAAAGGUCUGGGGAAGGCAAAAGAACUGACCCAGGGACUGCUUAGGGUGAUGGGGGUGCGAAUGGGGAGCGCUGGUCAAGGCCAUUACAGCCCCAGAGUGAGAGCACGCUGCUCCAGCGCCCCCCACCGGGACACACGCAGAUGCCCUGCACGGCCCACGCAGCUGCCUGGACAGGGUCCCGCGUCUCUCCUGCCUGGCGGUGGCCGCCCAGCUCCUCCCUCCGCGGUCUCGGGCGGCUGUCUGAAGGCGCCGCUGGGCCGAGAGGAGUCGCCUGGGUCUGGGCAUGGAGGGCGCGGCGGGCGACCCGUACCGGCGACCGGCGCGGCGCACGCAGUGGCUGCUAAGCGCCUUGGCUCAUCACUACGGGCUAGACCGCGGCGUGGAGAACGAGAUCGUGGUGUUGGCUACCGGUCUGGACCAGUAUCUGCAGGAAGUCUUCCAUCAUCUGGACUGCCGGGGUGCGGGUCGCCUGCCGCGCGCCGACUUCCGCGCGCUCUGCGCCGUACUGGGUCUGAACGCCGACGGGGAGGCGACCACCGAGGACGCAAACCCCUCGGAGGUGGCCGCUAAGAACCCCGCUGCCGAAACAGUCGCUGGCAGGGACGCGGACGUCAGGGAAGAGGCGCGCCUGGCUCUGCGCGCCGAGCCUCCUGAACUCACUUUCCGCCAGUUCCACGCACGCCUCUGCGGCUACUUCAGUACCCGAGCGGGGCCCCGGCUGCCCCGAGGAGCUCUCAGCGAGCACAUCGAGACGCAGAUCCGCCUCCGCCGCCCGCGUCGCCGCCGCCGCCGGCCUGGCUCACCGAGCCCGCGGGGCGGCGCCGAUGGAGAGCGUGUGGCCCAUCUAGAGGAGGAAAACAGCAGCCUCCGCGAGCUGGUGGAGGACCUCCGUGCCGCGCUGCAGAGCAGCGACGCGCGGUGCCUGGCCCUGCAGGUAGGCCUCUGGAAGAGCCAGUCGGACAUCCCGGAAGCGGCAGCGCACAAGCUGCAGCGAGCACAGGGAGCGCUGGCGGAGGCAGAGGCUCGCGCCCGGCGGCUGCAGCGCGGACAGGUGGAGGUGCGGCUGCGCACGGAGGAGGCCCGGCAGGCGGUGCGGAGCAGCCUGCACCGAGUGCGGGAGUUGGAGGUGCUGGCGGGGCGCGUUCCCCGCUUGCAGCGCCAGGUGCAGCGACUGGAGGCGGAGCUUAGACGUUACAGGUCAGAGGGACCUCAGCUCCUAACCCCCCUACAAGCCAGUGUACAGUCAGAAAACAAGAACGUUGAACCUAAGGCUAGAGGAACCAGAGGUGUGGACACCACUUCAGAGGUAGCCCAGCAGUCGGACACCAGCUUAAGGAGCAGAGACACAGAUGAAGCAGAGGGUGAGCAGCUGUUCCGCUCCGUGGAAGGCCAGGCUGCCUCUGAGGAAGAGGAAGAAGAAAGGUUGCAGGAAAAGUCAAGGCCCCCACAGGCCCAUGUCGAGGUAUCUCUGGCGCAGCCCUCAGGCUGUAUGAGUAGGUGUGAUGGGCAGACAGCCGAGGCUCUCAAGACUGCCUUUGGCCACUGUGAUGGUGCUGACCACAUCUGCACCCUAGAGCUGGAGACCCAUGUCACCAGGCUUGGGGAACAGCUGCAGACCCUGGGCUGCAGUGGAAAGACCCUGGGGACACCGGAGAAGGAGGCAGAACUGCAGCGGAUGGAGACGGAGCAUCUGAGGCUGGAGCUGCAGAUGGUGGAGACAGAGCGGGUACGACUGUCACUGCUGGAAGAGAAGCUGGUGGACGUGCUGCAACUCCUGCAGAGGCUCCGGGACCUGAACAUAUCAAAAAGAGCCCUGGGGAAGAUUUUGCUGAACGCCCUGGACCGGAAUCCCUCACCAGAGGGUACACGUGGCACCUUGGCCAUCCUGGACACCUUGCACCAAGCCUUGGUUGGCUGUGAGCUCCUGCAGAGAAACCUCUCAGCACCAGCAUCCACAGCUCCUACACACACAAACCCCUUCCUCGUCUCCUGCUGAGCCCACUGACCCAGCCAUGGGCCUCCAUGGUCUUUCUAUCCAUCACCAGACCAGCGUUGAUCACCAGACUUGCCUCCUUGGUGAACCUGACGACCAUGGGACUCGCAUUGGCAGUCACUGGACCAUCACAGUAGUCUUCUCGGUCAUCUUGAGCACCAUCAGCCCAGCCUCCCUGGUCAGCCGUCCUGGUCAGCCAUCCAUGGCUGGACUGUCUUCCACCGUCUGAACACCCACCACAAAUGGUUGAACUGUUAUCACUUCCUCAGAACUCUGGCAGGCAAGGCUCCUUCCAAAACUGGGUGCGUCUGGCAGCUGCUCCUUCCUUGGGCUUCUCCCAUUCUCCCAGAACCCCCACGUUGGAUCCUUGCAGUUGCUAGAUCAGCCUGUACCUGAGGCUGUUGCCCUUAUGCUGAGCACAGUACACGGUACAUUCCAGAAUCUCUGCCCUGCUUGCUCCAGCUGACUGACCUGUGUUAUUUGGCCUGCUCAAGAAGGACCAGUUCUGCACCCUGAUCAGGCUAUAUGUGUGCUAGAACUUAGUGUGGACAAAUGUGCAAGGAAAACUCCAAGGGGACCAGGCAAAGAGGAACCCACACUUUGGCAAGUCUAACUUUGUGAGCUCUGCUAUGACCUCACAGGAAAGAUAGAAGAGAAUCAUGGAAUGCUUCUGGGAGGAAGAGGCAAUUGACCAGUGUGGAACAUAACUAGUGCCUCCUGGGUUUUAUUUUGCUGUUUUUCUGGUGCCAGGGGUGUCCCAGCACUGCCAGAGCUCCCCGGCCAAGCACACCCUUCCCUCACUCUGUUCUUUUCAACAAGCUGCCUUUCCACUGGAGUGUGACAGGCACAGGUUUCAUUAAAGCCUUGACUAACUGAGAGAAGGAACAUUCCCACAGCCGGGUCCCCAGAGCUGGCCUGUCCCAGCCAAGUGAGAGGAAACCAAAGACAAGUUCAGGCCCACCGAAACAGCCGUGAUCAUAGGUUCUAUAUUCAGUUCUGUUGUUUUACACUCUUUGAGGAGCAUCUCCCUGUGUUGCUUAGGCUGGUCUCAGACUCCUGGGUUCAAGCAAUCCUCCUGCCUCCCAGGUAUCUGGGACUAUAGGCUAUACACAGAACACCUAACCCCCCCCCCACACACACUUUUGAUUACCACAUCACUAAAGGCUCAGCUCCUGGAAUUCCUCACCGAACACAUGGAGUCAGCCUUUAGCAGGAGACGAUCAAACCGAAGAGACAGUCGUCCAUGGUUGUAUCAGCAAGUCAGGAAGCAUCAGACCAGGAAUUUGAAACAACUGGUUACCCGGCAGCUCUAAUGGAGGAGGCCAGCAACAUGUAAGACCAGGUGAGUAACAUGAAGAGGAUGCAUGUUACAUGGAAGAGUCAGGAAUUGCUAGGAAUCCUACCAACUGAGCAGAAUGAAGAGCACUCUGUAGGCUCAGAGACAACUGCACAGGAUGAGGAAAGACUCCCAGUACCUAAGGAUAUGUCCUACAAACUUCUAAAGAUGAACACCAGGGAUGAAGAGACUAGGAACAGGAAACAGAAAAUAUGAGAACUGUUGGGCAACUACGACAUGUAUUUAAAGGGGGGACACAGACAACAUUGACUUUGAAUUUCCCAAAACUCCAGUCAGACACCAAAGCACAGAGCCAGAAGACUCACAAAGCCCAAGCAGAGUAAAUGCAAAACAAACAAUAAAAAUGGCAUCGGAGCGGGCAUGGUGAUGCACCCCUGUAAUCCCAUCACUCCGGAGGCUGAGGCAGGAGGACCAGGAGUUUACAUCCAGCCCAAGCUGGACAGUGAGAGCCUGCCUCAAAAUGACAACAGGGAGGAAAAAGAGUGAAACACUGAGGUUGGAGAGGAAACUAGUAUUCAUUGUAUCUUGUAAAAUUACCCUUGAGAUGGACGGAGUGAAAAUUCCCCGGCAAAACUCAUUACAGCUUUCAAGAAACAAAGGAAGUUCUUUAGAGAGAAGGGGGGUUGUACAGACCAAAAAUUUGGGUUUAUAUAAGCAAAAAGCACCAAAGAAAGAAUAAGUCAAGGUAGAAAAAAAUCCUUUAUUUCUCUUUUUUUUUUUUCUUGCCUACGAGACAACAGUUUGUCCAAGUUCUGGAGACAAUGCAUGCAUUGCACUCAGCUUUUGUGAGUGAAAUGCCCAGCACAGACUCCAGGGCAGAGAAGGAACUAGCAGCGCUUUGGAACUGUGGAGUCUGGGAAGGAAGCAUUGCUGCCCUUGAAGCAGUCCGGUUAUUGAAAGUGAACGUGGAUUAGUGUAGAUGGGCGUUGUGAGUGUCGGGAUAAACACUGGGAAAAGAAGGGGGCGGGGAUGCACUAGGACAAGAGAGAAGGUGACACUACAUAUGAUACUUAAUCAAAACCACAAAUGCAGACUAGGAGCCGAAGACAGAACCAAAGUGGUUAAACGUGAGCAGUCGUGGAAGACGUCAUCCCUGUCAGCAGCACCCCCAAAUAUUAGUGGUCCCAUUACAACAACCAAAAUGUAGGGAUUCUCAGACCAAACGACAUGCUGUCUGCAAGAAUCCACUUUAGGAGGCUGGAGAGAUGGCUCAGCCGAUAGGAGCACUUAUUGGUCUUGCAGAAGACCUGGGUUCAAUUCCCAGCACCCACAUGGCCGCUCCCAACGUCCUAUAACUUCUGUUCCAAAUGAUCCAAUGGCCCUCUUUUGACUCUGUGGGUGCGUGUGGUACACAAACAUACAGUCAGGCAUGUACACAUAAAAAAUAUUUAAAAGAAAAAAGAAAUCUGCUGUAGACAUCGACACAUGUGGAUUAAAGUGAAGGGUGAAAGAAAUUACUCGUGUGCCAACUGUAAUCAGAAGAAAGCCUAACUCACUAUAUUCGUUUCAGACAGAGCAGACUUCAAGGCAGGGAAAAGCAUCAGGAGAGAAAGGGGGCAUCACAUGCUGUCCAAGGGCUCAGCUCACCAAGAAAAUAGUGUGUGUGCCUAGCAACAGCCGCAAACCACCUAAGACAAAAAAUUAAUACAAAGCCAGGCAUAGUGAUGUGCACCUUUAAUUACAGCACUCAGGAGGCAGAGGCAGACAGAUCUCUGAGUUCUAGGCCUGCCUAGUUUACAUAGACCUUGUCUCAAAAAUAUGUAUUAACAGAAGUUCAAGAAACAGAUGAGUCCACUAUUAUAGUUGCAGACGUCAAUGUACUUCUAUAAGACAUGGACACACCCAGCAGGUGUGACAUUAGUAAAGCUGAACACACCAGAACCAUCAACCAAGUGGAUCCAAUGGACACAGACUACUCAUCCCACAGUGGCACAAAUGCAUUCUCUUCAAGAUCAGACAGAGGUCUCCACAUUCUGGCCACGAACUCUUACUAAUUAAACUAUGGAAGCCAUGCAAAUCUCUCAAGAGACAGCAAAAUUAAACUUGGAACAGAAAGACAGCUUGGAAAUCCAUAAAUUCUUAGAGAUUGAAUAACAAGUUUCUACAUUAAAUACAUAUCAAAGAA